AUGGAUGAUAUAAAAUCAAAGGACAAAUACAAGGAGAAGGCUUUACAAUAUAUAAAAAAAGAAGGGAGCACGCGACCACUUUCAUUUUAUGAACUUAAAAGGCAACUUGGAAAUGAUGUCGGUAUUCUUCAAGAGUUGGUCGCUGAAGAUAUAAUACUAGAACAAAAGGUUGAAAUAAAUGGACUUUCAUCGGAUACAUCGUUCGACGUCAUAACUUUAUAUUUUAACAAAAUCAAUAAAGAGCUUCAGCCGAAAGACAAUUUAACGACUACAUUAAAAAGAAAAUUUCCAACAGAGGAAUCGAAUUCACAAACAGAUCCUAAAUCAGUUGACCUUAACUCUCAAAUUCAGUCGCUUAGAAGUCGGCUUUGUGAAUUGAACAAUAUCGAAUUGAAUUUGAAAAUACAAUUACGAGAAAAUUUGGACAUACAAAAGACGUUGGAUAAUCACUACCGUCAAUUGCACGAAUAUAAUGAAAUAAAAGAUACGGGACAAAUGUUGUUUGGGAAGUGUGCAGAAAUUGAGGGUACAACAACAAGGGAAAUAUAUAAAAAGUUUGAAGUUGAACUAAGUGAUUAA